AUGGCCAUCAUUCUCUCUGUCGCAACCCCGUCUUCCAAAAUCUUUUGGUCCUGCAUUGGCCUCUACGCCGAUAUCAUCAAAGUCUGCUCACCCAGCCAGAGACUACAACAUGUUGCCGAAGAGAUAGCCAGAUUCUGCAGGAAACCACCUGAGACCGCCGAGCAAAAAUGGACUCGAGACAUGAAAGACGCCACUUCCCUGGCCGAGUACGAAAAAUGUACAAUGGCUCUGGAUCACCUGCAAAGUCACGAGACAUGGAAGGAGGAGAAAUAUUCAAUAGAAAGAGAGUACGAUCCGGACCUGAUCCAGAAUAAUGCAGACCUACUCCAGAAGGCCAUUGCUUCAUCAGACCUGAGUGCCCUGCAAUAUCAUUUGAGGACAGGUCUGAGUCGGGACUUGGGCUGUAUGAACAGUUUGCGACUUUACAAACACUCUUGGUUCGGCACCAAGUUUCUCAUCGACGACUACAUCAACACCGUCCUCGAGGCCGUCGACGCAUUUGCCGAGCUCCCUAUCCGAUUCAACCUCCCCAAUACAGAAGUCCGCUUCUACCAGCAAUCCCUGGAAGAUUCUCUAAAGUUCUUCGGGAGAUCAGCCUUGACCUUAUCUGGUGGAGCACUCCUAGGCAUGAAACAUAUUGGCGUGGUCAAAACUUUGUGGGAAGCAGAGUUGUUGCCAGAUGUCAUAUCCGGAGCAUCAGCUGGCAGUAUCGUGGCGGCUAUCGUGGGGACUUCCACCGACGAACACAUGUAUGAAGUGCUGGAGCGAUUCCCACAUUCCGACUUGGCUGUUUUCGAUCCUCCCGGCACCUCUUCGAUGGGAUGGCUCUCACAGCGAGCCCAGACCUUUCUCCAGUCAGGGGCAUUCUUUAAGAUGGACAAUAUCAAAAGAGUGAUGAAGUCAUGGCUCGGGGAUAUCACAUUUCGAGAAGCACAUUACAAGACAGGUCGGACACUUAACAUCUGUGUCUCGAGUGCCGGUAGUGGCGAACCUCGACUGCUGAAUUAUGUCACAGCUCCCGAUGUCUUGGUCUGGUCGGCCGUAUGUGCUUCCUGUGCGGUCCCGAGCGUCUUCGCGCCCGUCAACAUCUACGAAAAGGAUCCCAUCACGAAAAAGGAGCAGCUAUGGAUGCAAAACGCGCAACAGAUGUUUGUCGACGGCUCAUUGGACCAUGACAUCCCAAUGAGGAAACUGGAAGAGCUGUUCAACGUGAAUUUCUUUAUUGUAUCACAGGUCAAUCCCCACGUCCGAUCCUUCUUGGAACCAGAAGAAGAGUUCCGAGGGAGACAGCCCCGAUCAGCAGCGCCUUCAAGAAAUUGGCUCCAAGGGAUCAAGGCUUUCCUCAAAGAAGAGAUCAUUCACCGGUCGGAACAAAUGGCUGACAUUGGUUUGGCUCGGAGGUCGUUCCGUUGGGCGUCGGUGAUCAAUCAGCAAUACACGGGCGACAUCAACAUCUUUCCCCAAAUCCAAACUCGCGAGUACUUCCAUAUGAUGAUGAACCCGACCCCAGAAUUCAUGAUUGAGGCAACUAGAGCGGGCGAAGUCGCUACCUGGCCUCGUAUGUGCCGGAUCAAGAACUGCGUGGCUAUUGAGCUGGCUUUACGACAGGCAAUCCACCGACUACGGGAUCACGUCAAUUUCGGACCAGAAGCUAGAGCGGCGCGAGAGGUGAAAUCCAGGCGUUCAACGAGCAGAGGUCGCGCAGGCGGUGCUCGAUCAGCUCGCCCUUCUUUUCUCAGGCGGAGAAGUCUCAGCAUAGAGUCGUCGACUCAAAACAAUGACGGGGCUUCGUCCGUGAGGCCUUUGAGAGUUCGGCGGAAUGCCAGUCUGGGAAGCAUCGUGCUAAAACCCAUGACCUCUUCUUCGUCACUCGGUCGAAGUCGAGCUCUUUUGUCGCCUCAGGCAGGAAUUACCAGUGAAAGUCUCGGCGAGGGCCUGAUGAUGACAUUGGUGACACCUGUGAGUGCAGCAACAGCCGCAAGCCCAGUGAUGAUAGACGACGAGCAGUCUUUAAACCCUGAAGAGUAA